AUGCUGGGUGAAUUGGUGGUGAGCGUUCUCCCAAUUAUGCUUCAAGGUUCAGUAAUCGUAUUCCAAUUCGGCACUCUUGGUAGGCAUGUGGUUUUAGCUCUCUGUCAUUUUGGCGACGUCGACACGAAGGCACUCUACUUUGACUUGGCGAUGUGGAUUGAUUGGAGGUUUCCUUUGAGAGGACUCCCCAUGCGAGGGCAGAAGAGACGACGGGGUCAGAUAAGAGAGGGAAUCGGCGGAACUUAUAGAAAAGUGGGAUUCAGAAGUCGCACCGAUGCGGUACCUGGCAAAGGUUCUCCGAUGCUUAAGUCACCAGAUAUAAGAUAUAUGAGAGGUGGAAGUGGGAUUUUGCACAGAGUUUCGAUGUGCGACUUUGUGCAAGUUGCAGUAGUGGUGACACAUGUCCGUGGAUUAGCUUUUGUAUUUAAGAGUUUCGGCAACUACCUUCGACAGGCAGUUGCCGCAUCGGAGGAGGACAUUAUGGCAUCGUCGAUGUUAUCUUCAGCAGGCCUCUGA